GGCUACAUAGGCCUACGUCUUUUUAGUAGCGAAGGAUGGCAUUUUUGAAUAUAGUCAGCUACUAAUAUUUUGUAUUUGGUUUGAUGUACAUAAUUAUCCAAAGCGACUAAAUUAGGCGGUGUGUAGGCUGUAGAAAGGGCCUACAUAGUCAACGUUGAGAAUGAGAUUCUCAAUGUUUAUUUCUCUGCUGAGGCCGAUCGGUCCGGUUAUUAUCGGUAUUUCUUUGGGAUUUACCUUAAGUUUACUUAGUGUGAAUUGGGUGGAGGAGUCUUGUUUCCUCAACGGGAAAGCGAGUGAAGAAAUAAGUUUGUCCCAAGAUGGGAAUUCAAAAGGAGCAAGGAGACCCAAUUCGAUAUCGACGGUCAAAGAUGUGGACGCCGAGGAAGAUUUUGAGCCAAGAAUAGUGCCAUAUAAACCAGUCCAACAAAGCAAACCAAAUAAACUUUUUCGGGCUAAGUACAUCAGUACAGAGCUGGGGAUCCGGGAGCGCCUCUUCGUAGGGAUCCUGACGUCCAAAAGCACCAUCAACACACUGGGAGUGGCCGUGAACCGCACCAUCAGCCACCACCUGGACACUGUGGUCUUCUUCACAGGCAUGCGCAACCGCAAAGUGCCCCACGGCAUGUUCGUGGUCACCCAUGGGGACGAGAGGCUCAUAUGGAACAUGUUCCAGACCAUCAAGUACAUCUUGGAGCACUAUAUCCAUGAGUAUGACUGGUUCUAUCUGGCCCAGGACGACACCUACACAGAGGCAGACCGGAUCAAACAGCUGGUGGCUCACCUGAGCAUGGACCGGGAGCUUUACAUGGGCAGCCCUGAGGAGUUUAUAGGUGGGGAGAUGGAGGGGAGGUACUGCUACGGUGGUUUCGGAUACAUUCUGUCCCGUACCCUGUUACUCCGGCUCAAACCGUUCCUGGAGAACUGUAGGAAUGACAUCCUGAGCGCCAGGCCUGACGAGUGGCUGGGCAGAUGCAUCAUUGAUUAUGCCAACACCAACUGUGUGGAUGAGCAUGAGGGGCUGCAGUACUACCAUUACGAGAUGGGCAAGAACUCAGAUCCGAGUAAGGAGGACAAUAUGCAGUUUAAAAAUGCCUUCACUGUCCACCCGGUGUCUGACCCUGAGCAGAUGUACAGAGUACACAAGCACUUCACUGAGAUCGAACUGCAGAGGACAUACGAUGAGAUUAAGAAGCUGCAGACGGAGAUAAAGAAUGUGAGUGAAGUGGCUUAUGAUGGCAACCGGAGCGCCCAGUGGCCCAUUGGGAUCAAUCCUCCCUUUGAGCCCAAGUCUCGCUUCGAGGUCCUUCGAUGGGACUACUUCACAGAGGAACAGGUGUAUUCGUGCAUCGACGGCUUCCCCAAGUGUGAACUGCGCGGUAUUGAUCGUUUGGACGUGGCCGACGUCAUCGAGAUAGCCAUGGGGGAGCUGAACAAGAAGUACAAGCCUGUCCUCCACUUGAAGAAGCAGCAGCUGAUCAACGGCUACCGGCGCUUCGACCCCACUCGGGGCAUGGAGUACACCCUGGACCUGCAGCUGGAGGUAGUCAACCAGAAAGGCCGCAGUCGCUCCAUCACCAAGAGGGUCCACCUGGUGCGUCCCCUGAGUCGCAUCGAGAUCAUCCCCAUGCCUUAUGUCACAGAGGCCACCAGAGUUCACAUCAUCUUACCGCUGAACGUUCAGGAUCGAGAUUACGUCAACCAUUUUCUUGAAGUGUUUGCCGCAAAUUCGUUUGAGACCAGUGAAAACGCCAUCUUGACUUUCCUGUUCAUCUACGACCCAUUCGAGGCCCAGCAGGUCAACCAGAAUGACAUCUUCGCCAGUGUUAAAACCCAGAUCAAUGCCUACGAACGCAAGUAUCCAACAGUGAAGAUCCCGUGGAUAAGUGUUAAGACCGAAACCCCCUCUCAAAUCAAAUUCAUGGACAUCAUCUCGAAGAAGCACCCAGUAGACACUCUGUUCUUCAUCGCCAACGUCAACACCAACGUCAACUCCGAGUUCCUCAACCGUUGUCGCAUGAACUCCAUCAACAACUGGCAGGUGUUCUUCCCAAUCCACUUCCAGGACUACAACCCAGACAUCGCCUUCCACAACCAGGAGCCCCCACCUGCAGUAGACCUGGUCAAGGACGCCGGACACUUUGACCGCAGUUCGUUCGAGGAGGCGUGCUUCUAUAACACUGACUACAUGGCGACGCGCACGCGCAUGGCCUUCGACGUGCAGGAGAACGAGGAGAUCCUGGAGACCUUGGAUAUCUACGAUAUGUUUGUCAGGUACUCAACCCUGCAUGUGUUCAGGGCUGUGGAGCCAGCCUUGCACCAGAAGUACCGCUACCAGGCCUGUAACCCUCGGCUAAGUGAGGACAUCUACCACAGGUGUGUCCAGAGCAACCUGGAUGGCCUGGGAGCCCGUUCCCAGCUCGCCAUGCUGUUAUUUGAACAAGAGCAAGGAAAUAGCACUUGAUCACACCCCCCUUAGAAACUUCACCUAGAAUGUGUGUGUGAUUGGGUGUAUGCAUGUUUGUGUGUUUGCGUGCGUGUGAAUGUGUGCAUGUCUGUUUUAAAACUAAUGCAGUACAUUCCUAAAAAAAUUUUUUUUUUUUUUACUGAAUACAAAAAACCAUGCUGGAACCAAAUGGGUUUGUUUUGAACAUUGAAAGUAUUUUAAACCUUUGAUUUGGUGGUCAUGCAGGGAUGCCUAUAUCAAUAUUUUUUUAUAUAUUAGAAAAGUUCUACAUACAUUUGAUGUUGCUCUCAAGGGUAUGGCUUUAAACCUGCACAGCUUUUGAUACUUGGUCCUUUGCAGUUUAGUAAUCACUACUAAAGCACAUCUCAAUAUGUGUGCCUUUUAAUGUCUGUCGGUCCUCUUGUAUUUUCAUGUCCAUUGUCAUAUCAAGCAAAAAAAGUAGAUUUACAUGUAUUCAUUUAUCAAUAUUUGAGGCCUCAUAUUUCCACACUACACAUUUCAUAUUUUAAUGUGUAAGCUGGCAUCUGAAAUAUAGAUUCACUCUACUCAAAAAUGUUAAACGGAUGAAAGCUUUAUGGUACUAACGUAAUCAGAUGCAGCAUGAGAUUACUGUUAGGCUAAGAGGAUUGGACAUUAUGUGUCGGUACUGUAGGUCCCCAUAGGUGGGGUAGAAAACUAGCCUGUAGGGUCUCUUUAGGAGGCUGCAGCAUUACACAUUCUUAAAAAAAAAAAAAGCAUAUGAUUGUCUGUUAUUUAGAAUAGGAAAUCAUGUCAUCUUUAUCUGUUACAUUUCUAUCUGCAACACUCUAAACAUUUCACCCCUCUGAAUACACGGUUAGAUACUGUAUGUUUCUCUGACCAUAUUGCUGGAGAGUCCUUGAAAAUAACUGAGAGGCCAACUUUGUGACUGGACUAGUUCACAUAAGUUGAUGGUUUCAGUAUGUUACACACUCAAAUGUGAUCUCAAUAUAUUAAAGUAGCAAUUUGAAAUCAGUUGAAUUUAAGAAUGUAGUUAUUGAGGGCAAUCAGGAUUGUGGUUUGUAAUGUAUACAUUGGUCAUCAACGUUGUAACAUGAAUGUUAUUACAUUUCUAUUGCAUCAGAAUAUACCUGAAGAUAUACAGUUGAAGUCCGAAGUUUACAUACACCUGAGCCAAAUACAUUUAAACUCA